UCCGGAUGUGAUGAAAAAUGUUUCAGCUGUAACUUUCAGCAGAUCAGGCACGCGUGGGACGCUCGCGCCCAAGUUCAUUAUUCCCAGACUGACAGGGCAUUCCCAACAGUUGUUAGGAAGAGUUUGAAAAGUCACACGGCUUUGAAGGAAGACAAUAAAGGAAAGUUUUUCCCAACGGGACGUCGUUUUGCUUCGAGAAAGGAUGCGAAGAACGUCUUUGGGAGUUGAAAUGUUUGAAAGUUGCAACUCGUGAUCGUGAAGGGGAGCGGGAUUUUUUUUGGUGUGUUUGGUAUCUACACAAAAGUCUGGCUCAUGUCCUCGGACACCAUAUUACCUCCGGAGGGGCCUGAAGGGCCAAAAAAGCUCCAGUUUGGAACAAAUCCCCUUCUGACACACUCACCAGAUAAAUGCCCAGACACUACGGAAACAUCACAAUCUCCACUACCCAGAGAUCAAACUUCAUAUGAGCAGGGACACAUGACCGAGGAGAACAACACCCAUGAGGACCUUGUUAGAACCCAACCUCAGCCUCUGCCCCAGCCAACAGCAUCCCUGCAGCAUCCCAGCGAUGGAGAGGCUGCCAGGCAGCAGAACGGUCUACACACAGCGCUAAGCAAUGGACACGGCACGCCCCGAGGGGUCACAGCCCCCCCCGCUUCAGAGCCCAGAAAACACCCGUCGCCCGUCUCGCACCGCGUGCAGAGAAAGCUUCGCUCGAGCCUAUCGGUUAACAGCAACAGCAGCAGAAAGAGCCAAGGCAGCUCGAUGGGUUCGCACAAACCCGGCUCCACUCCAGAGGACUGCUGUGUCCACUGCAUCCUGGCCUGCCUUUUUUGCGAGUUUCUCACUCUGUGCAAUAUGGUGGUGACUCAGGCCUCGUGCGGCACCUGCACAUCAGAAGCCUGCUGUUGCUGCUGCUGCGCAGACGACCUUGGAGAUGACUGCAACUGCCCAUGUGACAUGGACUGUGGCAUCAUGGACGCGUGCUGCGAGUCUUCCGACUGCCUAGAGAUUUGCAUGGAAUGCUGCGGAAUCUGUUUCCCUACAUAAGAGCCCUGAUAGAAGGGAACUGACAGCCAGGACAGAUGCAUGUCUGUAAGUGUCAAAGAAAAUAUGAGCUACAGCGUGUGUUGUAAACACACUUGUGAACAAUCUGUUCCUGAGCUCAAAAUGACCUUGUAAAGGUCAAAAACUAUACGAAAGGACCAAAAGAUUUUGCUUAUUUUACAUAUCCUUGUAUAAAACUACAUUUAAUGUUUAAUGGACAGGUUAAACCAACAUUUAAUUGUCAACAUUUAGGCCAUGUUCACACUUCUUUUUUUUGAAGCUGCUAGCGUCUGUUCUACAUUAUAAUCCUUUGGUAAGGAUCUUGUACUGAGUGCUUUAAACGCCAGCAACUGUGUCUUUUUCUGCAGUUUAGUAUCUUUUGAGAUUGAAAAAAGUUCAAGUUUCUGAAAAAAAAUGCCCUACGUCAAGCACCUUUUUCACAACUAACCAAUGACGGACACCUGUCAUUUCCAUAACAAAAUGCGAGGAAACGUGAUUGGUUGAGAAGCCUCAAGCUCGAAAAAAUGAAAUGACAGGCGAAACGCCCGUUGGAGCAUAGUUUUGUAUAAAUGUACAUUUUAUUUUCACUUGCGUUCCUAGCGAGAAAUUUGUAUUGUAGUUUUUAAAUAUGUGAUUGGUUAUAGCAAAGACGCUCUCGGUUUAUAAUUCAAAUAGACUGCCGUUACACUGCCUAUAAAGCCUGUCUCUCUAAGCUGCAUUCGUGCACAAAUGCUAUCCUUAAACAUUGCCGGCUGCUAUUUGUAACCUCAACGCUGCGAGCUGUGUUUUUUUACUAAAAAAGAGCCAUUGUCCGCUGUUUCCUGUCUAAAAAGAAGUCAAGUGUGAACAUGGCCUUACUCACCCUUUGUUGCUCUACUCAGUAUUUUUUUCUUAUUCAUAAAACCCAAAAGAAGAUCAUAGAGCAGUGAAGUGAAUUGUAGUUUUUAAUGCCAACUCAAAAAAUCACCAUAAAAGUAGUAAAUGUGAUGUGUUUUCUAAAGAAAAGAAAUAUAAAAAUGUGUUUGUUACUGGUUGACAAAAUUUCCUUUUUCUUGACUUUGCAGCACGAGGGUGAGCACAAUAAUGACAAUUAUGAAUUUUUGGGUGAACUUUUCAUUUUUAUCAUAUAUUCAGCGCUUUAUACUAAAUGCUUUACUGUAGCAGACGUGUCUUUUUGUGAAACUGUCCUAUUAACCAUUUUUAUUGACUUUUCAUCUCUUUGCUGACGAUUUUAAUUUCAUUUUUGUGUUGAAAAUAUUUCACACUUUAUCAUCUUAAAAACUCUCAGAUGUUGAAAUUAAAAGCGUACAGACGUCAUGACUAGAGUCCGCUUUGCACACCACUGUAAUUUGGGUGGAAAUAGCGCGUUCACACUGUCAGAGGUCAAGUCUUUGUGGGUGUUAAAUGGGAUUUUCUGUUUUUGAAAAAAAUGAGGCCUGUUUAAAUGACAGCCGGUUUUAAGUUUUAUUAAAGCAGCGUCUACUGUACCUCACCUCAUUAAAACUCCCUAAAAUUUGUAGAAAACAUUGUCAAAAGAUAUUAGCAUUUAGCUUUGUGGAAAGUAUUGGCGGUUUAAUGUUACUCUAAUUAACUGGACGUACAAAUCUUUUAGAAUGCAAAUGCAGAAAACAAUUUGCGCUCUUAGCGAGAUGUCAACGUACAAAUGGAGACGUGUGUGUGUCUCUUCAUGGGGCUAGUUCCCAGAAUUCCCAUAGCAGUUGUGUUGCCACCUAAACGUAAGUUUUUAUUUAGCUUUUUUAUAACUUAAAAUACACUAGCAAACCAGCUUCGUGUCAUUUUAAAUGUAGUCUAGGUUACCUUGCCCGUGGCCUUUUUGUGAAUUGUACAAAGUUAGCAUUUAACCGCAUUAUGUACUGUAAUGUUAACACAGUCAGUUUUUGUUCAUAGCGUGUAGCGCUUUUGGUACGUCACAUGUGAUUUGUCUGACUCAUCUCGUCAAAAGAGCUUGUUACAAACUUGCCAGACUGCAUCUCAGAACAUUGUGAUUCAACAGUGACCCGUAACAUUACACUUAAACAGGUUACAACAAACUAAUUGACCUCUAGACAUCUUACCUCUUCAUAAUCCAACCAGUUCUUGUCAGUCUUCUGAUAAGACCCUCAUUUUGACCUGAAGGCUGGUCAUUUUACACUGAAAAUCCAAAUAUGCAAAAGUAUUUUUGACUUCAUAUGUUUAAUCAAGUUUUUUGUUACUGUAAAGGCUUUUAAAUAACCAAAAUAGUUUUUUUUCCUUCAUUUUAAUAGUCAGCAAAAAUCAAAACAAAACUUAAGACAUUCUCAUUUAUUAGCCUUUAAUGUCUUGAUUUAUGGAAAAGAGCUUGAAAACAUGAACAAACAAAAUGCAUUGAUGUGAAAUCACGUCUCUCCUCCUCAGAGAAAGAAUCCUACAGUUUAAUUAAAACAAAAAUUACACGCGUAAUAAACUCUCAAAUCAGGAUUAGACGAAAUGUGUUUAGCAGGAACUAAUUGCAAUUACAGACAACCAGACAGAACGCUAAUAGUCUAAAGUAGUUCAAAAUAGCCUGUUUAAAAGAAAAAGGGGAGGGAGAGAAAGAAGACAACACAUUUUCUGAAUCUAAAAGUUCAGGUGGCGUAAUUAUGAAAGAUUUUCAACAGAAUGUGAAUAGAGCUUCGCGUAUUUAUCUGUCUUGUAAAUGCAUUUUGUAUUCAUUCCAACAUUUUGUGUUUCUUCUCUGUACGCACUAGACGUUUUAAUGUCUUCAGUAUGUACGUUGUAUGUUAAUGGACCAUCAACAUUACAAUUCUUUUUAUAAAUAAAAUGUUCAACUGAAGACAAAGACAUCUGCACCUGCUUGUGAUGCUGAAUCGUGUGAUUAUUCAAUGAAAAUCAGCUACACGAUUUUCUCAGGAAGCCGCCCGUGGUCUGCAUGUUUAUCAGGUGCAUGUCAUGCAUCAGUGCAGCUGGGCUGUUUCCCGUCGCAUUCAGGCAUGCUGUAAUUGACUUACCUGUAUGAGGUUCAGGAUGGAUAAUAAUGUGUAUCGUUAGCAUCGCAGCCGCCCUAGCAAAUUGUGCUGUCUCUCAAGAGAGAUUUUAAAGGUGUGCGAUAGUUUCAGGAUUGUAGGACAAGCUGAAUUAAAGAUUAGAAGAGUUGCUGGUAAAUUGGCUGAGGUGUAUCUACAACCAUUAACAACUGGAGUUAAAAAUCUACACUAGUUGACUAAUGAAACAGAGUGCUUACUUAGACUUUAUAUUGGACCUCAUUUCUAGAUAACAAAAUGGGCUAUUUAACAUCGUAGUCCUAUGUAGGGAGCACGCGGUUACAUCUGGUAUGGUGUAAGUCAAGAGGAACUACAGCCUUUCCAACUGGGUGGUGGCUUUCUCUGACCUCUGACAAACCUUUCCCCCCGUUGACCUCUCAAUUAACCUCAACACAGGCCCACCUGUGCGGCCCUCUGUUCAAGACCCCACUGCCCCCUCCCCUCUUUCACUUCCUGCUGUCAUUUUCUGCCCGGUUAAAGUGCCUGCCAGGAAAUUACCAUCUUAUUUCACUAAUGGCAUUGCUGAAAAUAUUGGAAGUCGUUUCUAAUCACAUGGGAGAGUUUUUUCUAUAUAUACUCCUUUUUUCUUCUUGUUCAGAAGUCCAGGUAAGUGUGCAGUGACCUUUACACAAAGUCACCCACCUCUUCUCCUUUUAAUCAAACCCCCUCUGUUCCUCUCUGUGCCACGGCUUGUAAUGUCACAAUUACGGCGGCUCCAUUGUUUCUGUUUUGCAGGCUGGAGGGAUGUAGCGCUUCCUGGUCCUCGGGUCAUUUCUCUUACAAUAUUAAAUAAGUCAUUAGAGGCCCGCCACCACCCCCACCCUUGAAGGUGCUCUCUUUGCGGAAAAUUGCCACCGGACCGAUAUCCAACCUUUUUAGGCGCUCUGAAUUUGCAUAUUCUGAAGUUCCAGUUGCUCAGUGCUUGCAUCAUAAAAGGCCAUGUAAAUAAUGUGUUUGAUUUGUGUGGAGUUGAUGGGGCUUAGUAGUGUUUAACUGAUCUAAUGAUUUUCAAUACUCAUAGAUGAUUAUUACCGGAGGUGUUAUGUGAUGGCCCUCAGCUAGCCUAGUGUUUUGGCUGUUAAUUAUGACAGAGAAAUGGCAGCGAACACACUUGCACACUUUCAAGUUAACUUUUAAAGUGGCAUGGGAAUUGGGAAAAUUUACGGACAUGUGUACUUCAUACCUCGCGUGACGGUGAACUUUGCUUUUAUUAUAAUUUGUUAGUAUGUCUAUGCCAUUAUUUGGAUGCAUUUUACAUUUAAAUUGAAAUCUUUUUUUUUCUUUUAAAAUUAAAAUGUUAAAUUUGUGAUCAACUGUUAUGACCUGAAUUUCUAUCAAAAAUAAUAGAGGGUUUGUUCAGAUUACGCUAGUGUUAUAUUUCAGUUACUUUUAAAGAUGCUUUGGUUUUAGUUCUGAAUAUUGUAAUGAAGAGUUAGGCCUUUAAAAUGUAAAUAUAACCUGGGCCCAUAUGAUAUUUCUUAGGUUUGCAAGCUGUGUUUGAAGUGUUCAUCCUUUUUCCUCAAAUUGAGCACUUCUGUUUUUAUAGUUUCAGAGCCAUAUGCAUAAUGUACCAUCCUGCCCCAUUAAACAUCAGAGUCAAUGA